UCGAAUGUAGAAAAUGGCUGCGCUCUCCGCUACCCCGGGUCGGCGCGGAUGUAAAUACGGCCUGUGGAUCAGCUUAGGAGUGUUUAUCGCGAGAUUCGUUUGUGCAUUAGGAAUUACUUGCUAUUGCGAAGGGCACUGUCCGGACGAUCGACAAAAUGGAACUUGCGUAGGGAGACCUGGUGGUCAUUGUUUUAGCGCCGUGGAAGAAGUUUGGGACGCAGAAUCGGGAGAAUAUGUACCAGAAUGGUCGUUUGGCUGUCUACCGCCUGACGAGCAAGGUUUCAUGCAGUGCAAAGGAUACCUUGUGCCACACCUACAAGGGAAAAGCAUAAUAUGUUGUAACAAGAGUGCGUUAUGUAACAAAGAUUUAUAUCCUGAAUAUAAACCCAGACCUACCGCAGUACCUAAUCCUAUGGCCAUAGCAUCGGGUGCGCCACUUAUAAUAUUGGCUACCAUUUUGUCUGUAUGCUUAAUGGUAAUUUCAAUAGCUAUGGUGAUCAUAUAUCACAGAUACAGAAGGAAAGAAAGGGGCCCUUGCCUAGUGCCAUCUCAAGGAACGCUCAAAGACUUUAUCGAUCAGAGUAGUGGUUCUGGAUCAGGAUUGCCUCUUUUAGUACAACGAACUAUUGCUAAGCAGCUAGCCUUAUCGCAGUGUGUCGGGAAAGGACGUUACGGUGAAGUAUGGCUUGCGAGGUGGAGAGGAGAGAAGGUGGCGGUGAAAGUAUUUUUUACACUGGAAGAAGCAUCUUGGUUCAGGGAGACGGAGAUUUAUCAGACAGUGUUAAUGAGACACGAUAAUAUUUUGGGUUUCAUCGCGGCUGACAUCAAAGGAACAGGAUCUUGGACACAGAUGUUAUUAAUCACAGACUAUCACGAAAGAGGCUCGUUAUAUGAUUAUUUACAAACUACUGUUCUAGAUCAUCCUAGCCUACUAGCAGUAUGCCUUUCAAUUGCAUCUGGAAUUGCUCAUCUCCACACUGAGAUUUUUGGUACUCGGGGAAAACCUGCUAUAGCUCAUAGAGAUAUCAAGAGUAGAAAUAUUUUAGUAAAAAAAAACGGUGAAUGUGCAAUCGCCGAUUUCGGUUUGGCAGUUAGAUAUAUAAGCGAAAGUGGAGAAAUCGAUAUCGCAUCUAACACACGAGUGGGUACCCGUCGAUAUAUGGCUCCAGAAGUUUUGGACGAAACCUUAAACACAUCUUCCUUCGAUGCGUUCAAAAUGGCAGACAUGUACUCGGUUGGCCUUGUGCUUUGGGAAGCAUGUAGAAGAUGCGUUACAGGUGGUAAAAGUUCUAUCGUGGAACCGUAUGCUUUACCAUACCAUGAUGUUGUUCCAAGUGAUCCAGACUUUGAAGAUAUGCGGCUAGCAGUUUGCGUGAAACGGUUACGUCCAAUAAUACCAGCACGAUGGGAAAAUGACUCAAUCCUGUUUGCUCUGAGUAAGCUUAUGGCCGAAUGCUGGCAUGCGAAUCCUGCUGUUCGUUUAACAGCGCUACGCGUGAAAAAGACAAUAUCAAAACUACAUAUUGAUAAUGCCAUCAAAAUUGUAUAGUGUUUGACGAUAUUCGUCGAUUCUGUUCUAUCUUACUACUAGUAGCUGAAAAACCAUUUCUUCCCUUGUAAAUAACCCGGUGUACAUAGAUUUAUCGACAGACUGCUGCAAGCCUGAAGACUGAAUAUUAAGAUUUAAAAAUACAUGAAACCGUGUAUGAAUG